AUGGCAGCACCGUCUUCUCCGGGAAAGACGGCCAACCAGGCAGACCAGACAUGCACCUUCCUCCUCAAAAAGUCUGGACGUAAAGGGGCUGCAGGCCUCAGAAAGCGCCCGGCCUGCGACCCCGAGCGCAGAGAUAGCAGCAGCAGCAGCGGGGAUGAGGGUGACGUGGUGGCCAGGCCCCCGCGGGUGGCACCGAGGCCCCGGGGCCUCCGUGGCUGGCAGAAGAUGGCUCACUGCGACCUGAGGGGCAAGGAGGCAGCACCCGAGAGCCUCGGCGUGGUAUACAAGUCCACCCGCUCGGCGAAGCCGGUGGGGCCAGAGGACAUGGGGGCCACCGCUGACUUCGAGCGGGACACCGAGAAGGAGCGCGAUACACAGGCCAUCUUCAAGCGCAGCCAGCGGGUGCAGGAGGCACUGCGGGGCCGGGAGCACGACCAGAUCUACCGGGGACUCCACAACUACCCAAGGUACCUGAAGCCCAGGGACACGUCCAUGGGUAACACCUCCUCAGGAAUGGCCAAGAAGGGCCCCAUCCGUGCGCCGGGGCACCUGCGCGCCACCGUGCGCUGGGAUUACCAGCCCGACAUCUGCAAGGACUACAAGGAGACCGGCUUCUGCGGCUUCGGGGACAGCUGCAAAUUCCUCCACGACCGUUCCGAUUACAAGCACGGCUGGCAAAUUGAACAGGAGCUGGAGGAGGGCCGCUAUGGUAUCUGCGAGGACGAAAACCAUGAAGUGGGAUGCGAGGAAGAGGAAAUACCAUUCAAGUGUUUCAUAUGUCGCCAGGCCUUCCAAAACCCAGUGGUCACCAAGUGCAGGCACUAUUUCUGCGAGAGCUGUGCGCUGGGGCAUUUCCGGGCCACCCCGCGCUGCUACGUCUGUGACCAGCCAACUGGUGGCAUCUUCAACCCGGCCAAAGAGCUGAUAGCGAAACUGCAGAAGCUUCGGGCUACAGAAAGUGGGAAAAAUUCCCAUUUCACAGAAGACCCCGAUGAGGGUAAAAUUCCCAUGGCUUAG